GGGGGCGCCAGAGGCCGCCCCGCGCCCCGCUGCUGCCGCCCCGCGCCGAGUCCUCCGCGCCGCCAGGGGGCGCCAGCGGCGGCGCCGUUGCCACAGCGACGCGGACGCCAUGGCCGCCGCGCCGCUACCGCCCGCCGAGGCCGAGGCACUGGUGCGGGCCCUGCAGGGCUCCGAGCUGCGGGACAUCGGCGGGCAGCGAUGGCUUCGGCAGCAUGAGUAUGUGGAGAAGCUCAACAUGCACGGCAUCCUGAGCGCCUCAGCGGGCCAGGAGCAGCUCCUCACCGAGCUGCUGGUCACCCAUGCCAAGAUUCCUGUUCUCAUUGGGGAGCUGAUCUCUGUGGAGAUCUGGAAGCACAAGAUCUUCCCCGUGCUGUGCCGCCUGGAGGACUUCAAGCCAAGAAGCACCUUCCCCAUCUACGUGGUGCUGUACCAUGAAGCCUCCAUCAUCAACCUCCUGGAGACAGUGUUCUUUCACAAGGAGAUCUGUGAGUCGGCAGAGGACAGCAUUCUGGAUUUGAUUGAUUACUGCCACCGCAAGCUGACGCUGCUGGCAGCUCGGAGCACCAAGGCACAAGCAGUGACCUCAGCAGAGCUUUGUGCUGAGCCUCUGGCCAGCCCCUCGUCCAUGCAGGAGCUGCAGAAGCAGGCAGAGGUGAUGGAGUUUGAGAUUUCCCUGAAGGCCCUGUCCGUGCUGCGGUUCAUCACUGACCAGGUGGACAGUCUGCCCCUGAGUGCCCUGACACGAAUGCUGAACACCCACAACCUGCCCUGCCUCUUUGUGGAGCUGGUGGAGCAAUGCCCCUGGAGCUGCUGGGAAGCAGGCAAGCUCAAGAAGUUUGAGAAUGGCACGUGGCACGUGGUGCCCCCUGAGGACCAGGUGAAGAUAACGAAACUCGAUGGGCAGGUGUGGCUUGCCCUCCUCAACCUCCUGCUCAGUCCCGAGUGCCAGCGUAAAUACCGCUUCGAUGGCUUCAACAAGAGCCAGCUCCUCAAGCUCCGUGCAUUCCUGACAGAUGUCCUCAUUGACCAGCUGCCCAACCUGGUGGAGAUGCAGAGAUUUCUGAGUUACCUCGCAGUGACAGACCCUGCUCCCCCCAAAAAGGAUCUCAUCCUGGAGCAGGUUCCUGUCAUCUGGGACCAUAUCCUCAAGAAAAACUCAGGGAAGUGGGAGGCCAUUGCCAAGCACCAGGUGAAGCACGCCUUCAGCCCCACUGAGGAGGAGCUGAAGCUGCAGGCACGCAGGUGGGCACAGACCUACAGCCUGGACAUGAUGGAGGCUCUGGCCCCUGACAAGCCCCGCUGCAGGGUGUGUGGUGUAGAAGCAACCAAGCGCUGCUCUCGCUGCCGGAACGAGUGGUACUGCACACGGAAAGCACCCAUGACCCCGUGGGUGCAGGUGACAAGCUGGGAUGUGGCAGCUGGGACGGUGGCAGUAAAUUAAAUCUCUGGUCCUGGACCAUCUGGCAAGGGACGGAUGUGACUCCAGUGCCCCUGACAGCAGCUUCCCCCUCUGCAGGGCAUGCCAGGUGCAGCACUGGCAGAAGCACAAGCCUGCCUGCAACCUGAUGGCUGCGGUGCCAGGGAGUGUGGAUGGUCUGUAAGAAAAGUGGUGUCUGGCAACUGGCCCAUGGCUCACAGAGGCAGAGGUUCCCCUGGUGUGCAGCCCAGAGCAGGAAAGAAGCUGGCAAGGGCCCCUUCUGCCUGCUCCCAGCUGCAGGCAGCACUAGCCAGGGCUAUCCUCUCCUCUCCCACCACCUCACCAUUCUGCCUUCUCCAAUAAACCUCCUGUGCAUCCCACA